UCACUAAAGUUGUGCCGCUCAUUUUUAUAUGAAACUGAAUGCUGAUAAAAUUGGGUUAAAGUAUUUAUAAUUCGCCAAACCCUAAAAUAUAUUAAGAAAAUGGAACACAUCUUGAACAAGGAAAACACUGGCCUUAAUUUGCCGGGAAAUCCUAUGAAAAAUGGAGCUCCUAAUUCAGUUAUAAAAAAAAACGUACUUGGAAAACUAGACAAUGUGAUGCUCCAAACUCCUAAAAUAACACCAUUUAAAAGGAAUCUUGCGGGACUGGAGGGCAGCAUAGCUAAGUUAUCGCUUCGGAAGACCAAUAAACCAAUUAUUGUAAGCAAGGACCGAGAAGAAACUAAUGUUAGAGCAACAAACUGUUAUUUGGGCGCCUACAUGUUGAAAUGCGAACCACAAACCAUAAAUUUAUUUAACUAUACUGACUUUCCAAACGAGCAAUGUUUGAAGAAAUGCGGCAAGCCAAUCACGGAAACCUGGUCGGACAAUCAAUCUGGAUAUGAAGGACUAUUUAAUCAACUUUAUUGUGACCUUCGCACAUGGGAAAAUAAUUUAGAAAAUGUGUUCCUCCCCCCGUUAAAAUUUGAUUUUGAUGAUUUUCAAUGCAGUAACUACACAGAAAGAACCGAAAUAGCUGAAAGUAAAUACGUUUUAGAUUUGUUCGCGCCUAUGCCAAACUUCGAAAGUAUUGAUAUCUUAUUUUAAACUUUUGUUAAGAAACUCUUUGUUUAUAUGGUAGUAGAAUUUUCAGUCAGCUAGUUACGUUUGUAAUACGAAAAUAAUUAAGUUAUACAUUAAAAUUACACAUUUACUUUAAGCAUGUAUUAAUAAAUGUAAUUCUAGGAGAUUGAUCAUAA